AUGACAUCGCCAAAUGAACCAGCAGUAUCUUUGCUGCAAAUUAUACAGGAUAAAUACAGUGAUGAGGACUUGGACCAGGAAUUUGUGCACAUCAAAAUCACAAAGAAGAAAACAGCUUCUUCAGUCCCAGGAAUGUUGCCAAUACCCCAGUGUCUUGCAUUAAAUUACAUGAACAUCAGCUGCCCUGGGGACGAUGCUGAAUUGUCACAGUUAUGUUGCAGAGUAAGGGAACUUGAUGUUGCACAGAAUAAAUUCACAUCAUGGGAAGAUGUGUUCUCCAUGUUGAAAUGUAUGGGAUCUCUACAUUUUGUCAAUUUGUCUUCCAAUCUGCUGGACCACAGUGUUAAUUAUGAUAACAAUCAGGUGUUCAGCAAUAUCACCCACCUUAUACUGAAUAACACCCAGAUAGCAUGGUCAACAGUUGAAUCACUACUGCUCAAUACUUUCACCUGCUUAGAAGAGCUGCAUCUUAGCCUGAACAACUACUCAGUCAUCAACAAUGACAAUGCUCACACAUAUCCCAGUCUAAAAACUCUUCAUAUUAAUGGAAACAAAUUCACAGAUUUCACAGAAGUUUGCAAAAUUGGAUCCAUGUUUCCAAAUCUUCAGACUCUAGUCAUGGCCGAAAAUCAAAUAGAGACUCUCCCAUCAGAAGCUGAGAUUGCAGCAUCACUGUGUAAUAUACAGUGCCUCUCCAUAUCUAAGAACCUAAUUAAAGAAUGGUCAGAAUUAGAGAAGUUGAACUACUUUCCAAAAUUGAUUGAUGUCAAACUGCUUGGUAUCCCAUUGCUUGAGGAUUAUAAUGAAAAGAUUCGUCGUCAAUUUGUGAUCGCUGUUCUCCCCGAAAGGAUUUUGCGGCUUAAUGGUAGUACAAUAUUAAUAAAGAAUGAUGAACGGGAGGAUGCAGAGAGGGCUUUUAUUAGAUAUUACAUGGAAAAAGAUAUUAAACCAUCAAAGUUUGAUGAGCUUGAAGCAAAACAUGGCAAACUGGAUGCGCUUGUUGAAGUUGAUCUCACACUACCUGACCCCACAGUGAAAGUUAUCCUAGAGCCAGAGGAAGAUGAUGUUGCAUUAACUCGUAAAGAAACUAUAAUGCAAAUCAGUGAAAAACAGACUGUUGGUGAACUCAAGAAACAUUUAGUUAAGUUUGCUGGUAUUCCAGCUAAAAGCAUGAGACUUUUCUAUAAGGGUGCUGACAGCCACUUUGAAGAACUGAAAUUUCCAUCACUCACGAUUCGCAAUGUAGGAGAUGGAGACGAAUUUUUGAUUAUACCAAAGCAUUAAUGAUUGUUAUUGUAAUAACAAUGGAGGAUUAGAAAUAGGGGCCAGGCAAUAAUCGUAACAUUAAGACGUGAUGAUGUGAAUUGAUUUUUCACUGCUAAGUUGUUUUUCAAUUCUUAGUUAUUCAUCGAAAUGGUUUUAU